AUGUCUUUCAGAGGAAACUCUAAUUUUAGUGGUAUACCCACCUCUCACCAAGGAUAUAAGCACCAAGGCUCCAGAUCGAAUGGAGCAAGCGGUGUGUCCUUGAAAACGUUUGUACUGGAGGAACUGGAUAAAUUAUCUAGCAAGGUGGAUGAUUUGACCGAUCACCCAUUUGUACAAAAGUUGAAACCUUACGUUCCGGCAAUUUCUCGCUUCUUCAUCGUGGCGACUUUCUAUGAAGAUUCAUGUCGGAUUCUUUCACAAUGGAGUGAUCAAGUUUUCUACUUGUGGAAUUACAGGCGCCUGCCAUAUUUCUUUGUCGUGCUGUUCUUGGUUUCCGUGGUGAUUGCCAUGUUUGUGGGCGCCACAAUGCUGGUUUUGCGGAAAAGACUUGUAAUUGCCACCGGUACUCUAUGUGCUUGCAUUGUUCUUCAGGGAUUUGUGUAUGGACUCUACGGGGCUUCUUUUGUCUUGAGAAACAUCAGUGUUAUCGGCGGUCUGUUGAUCGCCCUAAGCGACUCCAUUGUGCAAAGUAAAACCACGUUCGGCAUGCUCCCAGAACUGCAUAACAAAGACGGUAAGACGAAAGGGUUUGUGUUGCUGGCAGGAAGACUCCUUUUGGUUGUCUUAUUUAUGACUUUCACGAUCAGCAAAAAUUGGCUAACCGUCGUUCUCACUAUUUUAGGCACCAUUUGCAUUUCCGUGGGGUUCAAGACUAAGCUUGCCUCCAUCUUGCUGGGCUUGAUUCUCUCUUUCUACAACAUCACAGUCAACAACUACUGGUUUUACAAUAGUAGCAAGAGGGAUUUGUUGAAAUACGAGUACUUCCAAAAUUUAAGCAUCAUCGGAGGACUUUUGUUGGUUGUUGCUACUGGCGCUGGCGAAUUGUCCAUUGAUGAAAAGAAGAAGAUCUAUUGA